CUCCAGUGCACCCCAAACACAAACACCCAGACAGGCAACCACCAGACCAGACCACCACCACAACAAGAUAACAGCGAUCAACGCCAGCAACACGAGAGGAGUCAUGGCUUCCACUUCACCGACCGAUCUUGAUGUGUGGGACACCCAGAAUGAAGAGUGCGAGCAGGAACAACUACCACACAUCCCCAGAGUUGAGAAUGGCGACGCCAUUCUCCCCGCUUUGCCUGAAACCGAGCCUUCAAUGCACACUUCUCCGGCUGGUGCAACCCACCCUGCCCACCGUCUCCCACCGGCACCGAAGGGUUCGAAUACCGCCAAGGCCAAGGAGCAAGCCUCCAUGCAGCAGUCCAAGCCUCUCAAACCCGGAAUCAGUUCUGCUCAACUUAGUGCUGCUUUGAGCGAAUCCCCAACCAAGAAGCCCAAGAUCGAUUCACCUGAAAGCGGCGCCACGAAGCGGACACAUCGACGUGACAUUGCGGUGCAGAAAGCACCAAGUCGCGUAACGACCGCGAGCAGUGCUUCCUCGGCCAAGGACUCAAGACAAAGCAACACAAAGACCAGUAACACCAAGACUGCCAACAAAGAGUCCAGUCACACCACAGCAGCUCCGUCACGCCGCGUCUCCUCAACCUCGUCAUCAGUCUCAACAUGUGAUUCUUCCUCAACGUUGUCUUCUCCAACGCUUCCGGGUGAUACCUCAACCGCCUCGUCUUCCAGCACCAAGCAGACCACCAAGCAGACCACCAAAUCGUCCGCUGUGCCCCCGCAAGCAACUGCAUCGAGCACUGUCAUGCCCUCGUCGAGCAUUGACCCGGUGCCAACACCUCAGCCCAAAAAGAAGAAACCGACAGCGACCAGCCGACCCAAAGCCAACAGUUUCACUAUGGCCACCACAGCUAGUGAGGGCAACGCAUCAUCGUCCUCGUCGUCUUCUGGCUCCCGCUCUUCCUCGCCUUCGGUAAAACUAACCACCAAGCCCGUGGCCGGUUCAGCUUCAAAAUCUUCGCCUGCUUCCUCCAAGCCAACCACAAAGCGGAAGAAGACAGCUGUGCGCGGAAAGGGUGGAGAGUCCAAGCAACCCACAGAUAAGAAGGGCACGCCAACAAAGACAAGGCGUCGUCGUAGUAAGGCAGGCGCACCCUCCAGCGAGGACAACUCUAUCUCUCCGCAGCGGUCGUCAUCUACACAUGUGCCAUCAUCAGUUGGAGUGAUGCCGGCCAGCGCGACCACACAUGCACCAGUAGCAGCAUGUGCGGCUUCACCAGGCUCGUCUGGGUCUCCCCGCGCCUCUGGUACGAAUGGCGAUGGUACUCGCGUCACAGCCACCACGAGUACAUCAAACGGCACGGCCAGAGCGAGCGACGACGAUGGCCAAGACCUGCCACUGCAGUUUGUGGCGCUGCGCUGUGUCAAGGAGCAGCUCCCACCAAUCUUGCAGCCACACUUUCUGGAGAACAUUGACAUGCGCAACCCAAGCAGCACCAUUGAGGAGAUGCAGAUGAUGUACUGCUUCGUGACGUUCAUGGCCAUCAGCUCUAUGACUGUGUUCGAGCAGAGUACCACGAAGCAGCAAGACUUGAAGGAUGCUCUCAAAGCGUUUCAGGUGCGGAAAGAUACGCUUCGGUUGGAUCGCUCCGCUCUCGAAGCCCUGCUUCGCUUCCAUGCCGAGAUGAUUGACCUGCGUAUCGUUGCCGACGCGAGCGAGCUUGACGAGGCAACCAUCAUCAACGUCGGCAGCGACUCGGCCAUCUUUGUCAUGAACCCGUGCGGCGUGCUGUUCCGCGCCAGCGACAUUGCCAUGGACGAGGAAGCCACGGACCUCAAUGACGACACGGCGGUGGGCGCGCUGUCACCGCCGCACAUUGGCGACGACCCCGACCUCGACACGGCCGUCGGAGCCAUGCACGCCAGUACCCCUGAGCAGCACGGCUUUGCCGGCGAAUUUACGGAGCCGAUUCGUGACCUGCAGAGCAUUCCCACAUCCCCGAUUGACCAGCAGCAAACGGGCACCGGCGCCCCCAACAUCUACCCGCAACAGCAGGCCGUGGGUGCCAGCGUGUUUGAGCGCAUCCGCACCGUGCUACUGUCCUUGGAGCUGGACAUUGAGAGAGACAGCGUUGACAAGGCUGCACGGUUGCCGUUUGAUGAGCUUGGCGGCAUCCUCAUGUUGGUGCCCAACUUCAACUCCCUGUACGCACAGACGCGCUCGCGUGCACAGCAGUUCUUGCAGCAGCAAGGCGUUCCCGAAGACAAGGUGCUGGUGGUGAAGUGCAACGCAGCGUGUGCUGAUGAAGUGAAGACUUUCUGGCGGGGGGUGGAGACGAACAGGGACAAGCUGUUUGUGGUGCUGCAUGAUGAAGCGCACUGGGCCAUCGACAGGUCACCAAAUGAUGACAGCUCAAGUGGUGUGGCUGACCUGUUCCUCAACCAGCCCAGAAACAAAGGGGUCAAGAACGCACGCAACCUUGUGCGCUUGCUGGUCACAGCCACACCCUAUGCUCUGCAGACCGGGAAAUCGGCAAUCCCUUUGGUCAAUGAGAUCCACUGGGAUGCCGUCACAGGCGGCAGCGAAGAAUCGUCUGAGAACCACGGGCCGCGGUACUUUGGGAUGUCCGACCUGCAGGGGCAACAUAAGGACCCCAAGCGACAGCGUCUUGUCAUGGACAGUUCAUUUCAUGCUCUGGUGUCGGAGUGCGUUGGGCGUCGUAAGCCAGGCACACGCGAACAACUCAUGGCUAAGUUUUUCCAGUGUUACGAAGCGGCCUUCUUGCUCGCUUUACAUGAUAUCAUGGGGACAAAACUGCUAGACCGAGAGGAACUGGAGAGCCACACGACACCCUUGACGCUGCGCAUGAUCACCCGCUUCCUCAAGGCGACGACCAGCACCAACGGUCACGGACACAUGCUCCUCAUCCGUGUUGUGAGCAACCCCAUGGGCCGCGCGUUGACGUUGAGGCUGAGAGAGCUUCGCGCCAAGCUUGGCCUCGACAAGCGGUUUGCGGUAUUGCAGGACACCAGCGCCGACCCGCUGCGACGCGUGCUUGAACUUGAUGAGCGCAGCUCCGAGUGCCUCUCGCGACUGCAGCAGAUGACGGGCGCGAGUGGCAUUGCCAGCUAUGAGCAGCUGGAGCACCUUCCCUGCAUCCUCGUGCUCUGUGACAAGGGCCGCAUGGGCGACACCUUCCCCAAGUCGCUGCAAUACUACGACCUCCGCCUGCGCUACGGUAGCUCCUCCUCCUGCACGCGCACCUACAUGGAACAGGACCUCGGACGCAUGUUCCGGUACGCGCGGAGUCUGGACGAGCUGCCCAUGUGCCUGUUGCCGCCAACGGCACACGAGUGCCUCCAGCGAAGCCUCAUACACCUCUCCCCCGACCGUAAGGCGAACAUUUCAAAGCCACCCAAAGGUGAACAGAUACCUCGACCAAAACCGAGUGAAAACUGGUCAUCACGGAACGAUUCCCUCUUCUACCGCACGUAUGCGCGCCCAACAAGCAAGAACUACGAUGAGGGCAACCGCCGGGGUACAGACCCACGUCGCUUCCUCCUGCAGGGCAAGCCGCAGGUGGGGAAGACGGGCGCAUACCUGUGGGCGCUCAAGCUGCUCGCUGAGCACCUCAACAUGCCACCAGGGCCCACAGAGACGGAGGAGGUGGUGGUGUGCUGUGACGAUGACGACUUUGACGACGAAGGCAACGAGCGGGAACUUGACAUGGACGAGGAUGAGCAGCAGCAGCAAAACCACCGCGGCGUGCUGCCUGUACACACAGUGGUGCAAUCCCUACCCUUUGUGGCGCCACAGCCCGGCAAGUAUGGCGCCAUCAUCAUGGACCAGCGUGUGCACGCAGCGCGGCUGGCAGCAGCAGAGGCAGCGGCACACGGCGACAAUGGCGACGUUGUUGUGGAUGGUGCACCCGGGAACCGGUCACGACUCGUGGUGCGCAAGACUGUGAGCAGCGAGUAUGCGCUCAUGGCGCGACCACAGCCGCCGUCAGCUCAGGCGGCAGCAGGUGGCAACGCUGUCGUGGCCGAGUUUGCGGCGCCGGUCGUGGCUGAGCUGAGCGUGAACAGCGACGACGAGAUGAACCGUGAGAGGACGCUGGGCAGCCGAUGGCACAUUCCCGCAGCCAAGGCGGUCCUGUUCCAAGGGCUCAUCAGCCGUGGCGACGACGGUACUGCUGCUACGUUUGAGCGCAUUCGUGUUGAGGACCUUGACAUGCCCGUCGUGUUUAUGCCGUCGAGUGGGCGUGCCGCCAUCGGCCUCCUCGACCUCAGCAGAACACUUCGCAGUCGUCAGAGCAACAGCAGCGGGAACAGCAGCACAAGCAGCAGUGACAACAACGGCAGUGGCGAUGGUGGUGUUCACAAAGUGCUGCAGGUGAUUGUGGUGAAACAGGACGAGUUUGACGCCUAUUGCACGCACUACCCUGACGUGGUGGUGUGUGCGCUGCCCGAAGCUGCAAGCAGCCCUGACAAGGGCAUUGGUGCGAGCCGCGACUUCAUCAAGCGGUUUGCCACGCUCAACCUCGACCUGACCCGCCACGCAGCGCGUGCUGGCGGUGUGAGGCUGGGGCGGGUUGCGAGCCUCAUCCUCAUGCUGGACGACUCGUGCUUGGUGUUCAAGCGCGCCGUCGUGAGGCAGGAUCCCUGCGACUUUCACACUGCUGAUGAUGUUGAUGUUGUGGACGGCGCCCAGCAUGGCGGUGCGAGCGACGAUCACCAGCGAGAGUGGAAGUGGGACUGGGCGAACCGUGAGAACCGCAGCGAGUUCACCAUGGAGGACGUGCCGCUGCUGCACGUGCUGCAGCACAUGCUGAGCGACCCUGACUUGCACAGGUACGCGCUGAUGGGCAUUUCGCGCUGGCGCCCGUUCUUGCGCAACAUGCAGAGCGCGUACAAGCGGGCGCAUCCGUUCUCGUUCCUGCUCCUGAACGUCGAUGUGACGCGUGACGUGCACUACGAGGCAAACGAUCUUCUCUGCGAGGACAUCCGCUUCAACGAGCGCUUGAACGCGCGUGAUUUGUUGUUUGUCAAGUACUGCCGGUUCGUGUUGCUGAAGAAGCAGUUGGCUGAGGGCGGCUGCAGCGCCCUGUUGGAGAGGGCGCACGUGGAUGCACAGAACGAGACACAUUCGCGCACGUUCGAAGUUGCUGCUCUGCCAGACACUGGUAAUGAUUUCAGUGCGAAACUCGCUGUCACCCUCGAUAACAUCCCGACUGCUGAGCUCAUUGCUGCUGCUGAGGGUGACGCGAGUGCACUGUUGGACCGUCUGGCAGACCACCUCGUCACGAUCCUGGGACCCGGUCUCGUGUCAUUGCUGCAAAUGGAGCUUGUUGAGCCCCGCAUGCUGUGCAUGCCUGCAGGCACAUCAUCGCGGCCACAUCAAGUGCAAUGCCGAAUCUGCCUCAAGGAACCUGGGCAGCAGCUGGACAUGGUGGGAUACACCCGCCUUCGAAGCACCCUCGCGUACAUUGCGACGGUCGCACAAACACAGGCGUCAGUCCCGCUAUCCAUCGUGCUGGACUUUGUGCGCAAACAUUUGAUCCCUGUGCCUGCAAGCACGCGCGUCUUCACAAUUGGCGAGCGGCCUGAACGCGACGCGAACGUACCCAUCGCAACUGCCCCAACAGCCGUCAUCGCAUCCUACACCACAAAUCCAAUUGAAGUGAGGGCUCUGACAAGCAACUCUGAGUGGCAAUGCUUGCUCGUCGACAUGUACCAUGCUACUGGCGAGCAUGAGGGCCUGAGAUUCCUUCUGUCCGUGGCGCCGGCCAACUCUGAAGCCUAUUACUACCUCCACUUGGGCUGGGUGCUUGCGAUCAAGCGAUAGAUGUGCCGCGUGUAGUAUCAGUUGUGUGUGUGUGUGUGUGUGUGUGUGUGUGUGUGUGUGUGUGUGUGUGU